CGCAGUGCUCUGCCUUGCGCGGACUUGGGGCGACAAUGGAACGUUCUCUCGAUUUAAACCGUUCUGUUGUAACCACCGCGAUUGGGAUCUUGAUUGUGUUCGCGAUUCACGGAGCGGACAGCAGCCGGAGUGACUCCGGGAUCGGCACACGGGAGCAGCAAGUGGCAGCUAAUAUAGUGUUGGUCACUUGUGACUCUUUGGAUGGAAGAUUGACAUUCAGCCCACAGAACCAGACAGUUAAACUUCCCAACAUAAACUUCAUGAAGGGCAGUGGUGCUGUUUUUCUCAAUGCCUACAGCAACUCCCCAAUCUGCUGUCCUUCUCGAGCAGCCUUGUGGAGUGGCCGGUUUGUUCAUUUAACGGAAUCCUGGAAUAAUUACAAGUGCUUGAACCAUGAUUACCCCACUUGGAUGAAAAUCCUGCAGAAAUAUGGUUAUUACACAAAAGUCUAUGGUAAAACUGAUUAUACUUCUGGACACCACUCUGUAAGUAACCGCGUAGAAGCCUGGACAAGGGAUGUCAAGUUUUUGCUUCGCCAGGAAGGUAGACCAACAACUGUUCUGACUGGCAAUGAAUCAACUGUCAGAGUCAUGGACCAUGAUUGGCAGAAUGUAGAUGAAGCUACAAAAUGGAUCCGACACAAAGCAACACAGCUGGAUCAACCAUUUGUUCUGAGUUUGGGUCUGAAUUUGCCUCAUCCGUAUCCAACGCCAAGUAUGGGAGAGGCAUGUGGUGGUUCCACAUUUAAAACAUCACCCUACUGGCUUAAAAGGGUGAAAUAUCACUCAAUCAGGAUUCCAAAAUGGCUUGCUUUCUCUGAGAUGCAUCCUGUAGAUUUUUAUUCCUCAUACACAAAGAACUGUACUGGCAAUUUCACAAAUCAAGACAUCCUGGACAUCAGAUCAUUUUACUAUGCAAUGUGUGCCGAAACAGAUUUGAUGCUUGGAGAAAUUUUAACAGCCCUUCAUGACACAGGGCUCGAAAACAACACUUAUGUAAUUUUUACUUCUGAUCAUGGUGAACUGGCAAUGGAGCAUCGUCAGUUCUAUAAAAUGAGUAUGUAUGAGGGAAGUUCGCAUGUUCCUUUGUUGAUGAUUGGGCCAGGUAUCUCUGGAGGACAACAGAUUUCAAAUUUGGUAUCUCUUGUGGAUAUUUAUCCAACUCUUCUUGAUAUUGCUGGAAUCCCCGUUCCUGGAAAUAUAAGUGGUUAUUCUUUGUUCCCGUUGUUGAAAGGAUUUGAAGAGGAAGUGUCUGUUAAAAAAUUGCGUCCUGACUGGAUUUUUAGUGAGUUUCAUGGCUGCAAUGUAAAUGCCUCCACCUAUAUGAUUAGAAGUGGUCACUGGAAAUAUGUGGCCUAUGCAGAUGGAAUUACUGUGCCUUCUCAGCUGUUUGAUCUAUCAGCUGAUCCAGAUGAAUUGAAAAAUGUGGCUACUAAGUAUUUAGAUGUUACGAGUGUUCUUGACAAAAAACUUCGCUCCAUACUAAAUUACCCAGAAGUGUCCAAAACUGUUCAUCAGUACAACAAACUUCAAUUUGUCAAAUGGAAAAGAAGUCUAGGAAAGAACUACACAGAUGUUAUCGCCAAUCUCAGAUGGCACGAGGACUGGCAAAAGGAUCCUGCAACUUAUGAAAAUGCUAUUAAAAAGUGGUUAUAUUCACCUGCUAGAAUGUAGCUUUGCAUAUAUUUAGUUUUCCACCUUUGUACUGUUAAGAACAAGCUUUUCCAAGGUUCUAUCCUUAGCUGUCUCCUCUGCUCAUCAACAUAUUGUUGCUGCUUGUAGACAUGGGCAAAUGUGGGCCAGCAUCUGCAACAUUCUUUUAAUUUUUGUUUGACCAGAGUCAAGGAGAAAGUGAGGAAUCCUGAAGAAGGGCUCAUACCCGAAACAUUGAUUCUCCUGCUCCUUCGAUGCUGCCUGACCUGCUGUGCUUUUCCAGCAACACAUUUUCAGCUUUGACCAGAGUCAACCCCAGCAUUUGUUGCUCAUCUGUAAUUGCCUUAUAGAAGAUAGUGAUGAGACAGUUUCUUGAACUGCUACAGUUCAUUUGGUGCAGGUGCAUCCAAAAUACUGUUAGGACUGGAGUUCCAGGAUUUUGCCCCAGCAAGAGUGAAGUUAUGGCUAUUGUUCCAAACCAGGAUGGUAUAGCUUGAAGGGAAAUCUUCAAGGUGGCGAUAUUGCUGUGGAUCUGCUGCCCUUGUUCUCGGUGGUAAAUAUUGAGUAUUUGGAAGUUGGCUGAAGGAGGCCUGUCAAUUUGCUGCUGUGUCUCUUGCAUAUCAACCAUACUGCUGUCAGGGUGCAUUGGUGGUGGAGGAAAUGCAUGUUUAACAUGGUGGGUGUAGUGCUGAUGCAAUGAGCUGCUUUGUUCUGGACGGUGUCAAACUGCUUGUGUUGUUGACCAAAUUAAGAGACAAAGGUAUUUCUUAACCAAAUGCCAGUCACAUGCAAAACUGCAAUCAACCAGGCCAAUAAAAAAUUUAACUAAACAGCCAAAAGAUUGAAUAUGAAUAAAAUAAAUCUGUAAUCAAACAAUGUAGGUUAAACUGCACUUUUGUGUACUGGGUGUUGAUAUAUAUGGGUGAUAUUUUAGCUCCAAGCAUGGUGCAGAACCAAGAAAUUGGGUUAAUCCAUAGAGCUGUUUGCAUCUAUAUCAUUGUAACAGAUUAUCUGGUCCUUAUGGUAUUGUUUGAGGAAAUUUGUUUAUGUCCAAUAAUGAUGCCAAAUUUACUACAUCAUACUACUGAAUACACAUCUGAAUUAUUUAAUUGACUCAAGAAAUUUCAAAGAUCCUAAAGUCACGAGAGGUAUUACACUCUGUUCUAAUAUAACGUGAUAGUUCCGUUCUCGUGCAAUCGUGCAUUAUAAGAAAAUCACAUAAUAGCAGCACCAUUUGGAACUGGAAUCACGUUAUAGCCAAUACAGGUCAGAAAAGUUUGCAUUCUACAAAUAAUGGUCUAAAUUCUUCAAUCAUGUUAUUGCCAAUUUGCGUUGAAGAAAUGCAACUUAUAGCAGAAUUGAUUGUAUGUAAAUAAAAGUUCUUUAAUUGCUCUUUGAAAGUGGCUCUGUUGUAUUCAAUUGCCAUCAGUGUUUUCCAGGCUGA